ACGCUGAACUCAGUGGGGUAUAAUGGGCUUCAAUUCGUUGUUGCGUAAACUCAUCUGAAAAGGUAGAUAGAUGUGUUCCAUAUUUCGGGUUAAUCGUGUUGAUAAUAUACAUUUAACAUAUAUUUAACGACCGAUCUGUUUUCACAAAUUCUCUAAAUUAUAGCUCAACUGAAGUUUCACCUCCUACUUUUUGAACGUUGGUAUCGCCCUACCCAUCUGCUCAGCUCGGUGAGACUGAUUGAAACAGAUUGUAGUGCUCGCUCACCGGACAUGACGGCCGCAUCAAGUUUACUUCUGCUUGUGAAUUUACGGGGACGAUAUAUGUCGCUUCAGAACUACUUUCUAAUGUGAGAACUAACGCAACACCACUUCUCGAGUCCAAACAUGUCCCAGGGAUGUAUAGUUUCUGUGGAAGAGAUCCAGUCCUGGUGGGAAGUCCCCGCCAUAGCCCACUUCUGCUCGUUGUUCAGGACGGCGUUCAACCUUCCAGACUUUGAAAUAGAGGAGUUGGAAAGAGCUCUGUCAGAGCAGGACCUGGACUUUCUUGGGGACCUCAUUGCCUGUCUGUUGCAGGGAUGUUACCAGCGCACUGACAUAACCCCCGAGGCAUUUACCAGUUACCUGGAUGACAUCAUCAGCUACAGGUGGGAGCUGGAAGAGGGAAAGCCAAACCCUCUCCGAGAAGCAUCCUUUGAGCAUCUCCCAACCCGCACUCAGGUGGAGUUGGUGCAUCGGCUCUGUGAUUACCGGUUGGAUGCUGCAGAUGUCUUUGACCUGCUCAAGGGGCUGGAUGCAGACAGCCUGAGGGUAGAACCACUGGGGCAAGACGGAAAUGGAGCCCUCUACUGGUAUUUUUAUGGCACUCGUAUGUACAAAGAAGAGCCAGUUAAGAGGACAUCUGCCAAAAUCUGUGAACCCUCUGAAGUAACAAUACAGGAAAGAAAGAAAAGAGGAAGACCACCAAAGAAAAGAACACUUGACGAUCUCCAGCUAAGUGAAGUGGAAGGAGACAUCUCAGAAGACAAGUCAGACAAUGGCUUGGAGGAGCCUCCUGUAAAUAAAGGUGACAAGCGUGGCACUUGGUCCCUUAUUUGUGACUCAGAGGAACAGUGGAUUCAACUUGCGGAAAGCAUCAAGGACAAAACCUCCCCACAGGACCGACAUCUCUACCAUGUUAUCACAGAGAAUUUUCUGCCUGAGAUCAGCAGCAUGAUAGAACACAAGGAGCGGGAAAAGGAACAGAAACUACUUGACCCAGCCCCUGUUCGAACAUCUCAACAGUUCUUUGAAAAGUGCAUUCAAAAAGAAAAUGAGGAUGGUCUGAAUGCUGCUGAAGAGGAAGAAAAGAAGAAAGAUGAGGAGCUGGACAGGCAGGUCCUGCUGGCUGAACAGAGACUAGAAGAGGAGAAGCUGUUAGAGGAAGAGCGACAGAGGGAGAGGAUGGAGAAGAUCAAAGCUGUGGAAGAACGUGCAAAGAGGCGGAAGAUGCGAGAGGAAAAAGCCUGGUUGCUGUCUCAGGGACAGGAUCUGCCUCCCGAACUGUUGAAUCUGGAGCCUACAUCCCCUGUGAACCGAUCUCGAAAGAAGAAAGAUUUCUAUGAAAUUGACGAUGACUACACGGCCCUGUACAAAGUACUUCAGACUCUAAAAUCCCAUAAAGAUGCUUGGCCUUUCUUGGAGCCUGUGGAUGACUCUUAUGCUCCCAAUUACCAUGAAAUCAUUCAGACUCCCAUGGAUUUGUCUACCAUUGAGAAAAAGCUCAAUGAUGGAGACUAUAUUGCCAAGGAGGAGUUUGUUGCAGAUGUGAAGCUCAUGUUUGAAAAUUGUGUCGAGUACAACGGAGACGACAGUGAGUACACAAUCAUGGCAGAAUCCCUAGAACGGUGUUUUAGUCGGGCCCUGCUGAAACACUUUCCAGCCGAGGAAGGUGACACAGAUGAGGAAUUUCACGUUAAACGAGAAGACAAGGAGCGGAAGGACAAAAAGCGAAACCGCACCAGUAAAAACUUGGGACCUGAAAGUCUAAUUAGGGCAACUGAGCAAGUCCAACGCAAGAGAAGCUCCCAGGGAGGAAAAGACAGCAUGCUUGCAGAUGAAGAGGACAACAAGCUAAAACGACAACCACCUCCCCCUCACUGGACCAAUGGCCCUCCAAAGCCCCACAAUUUGCCUCCAAGCCAACAACGCAUUCAUGAAGGAGAUAUGAGAGGCAUGUAUCACCCAGGGCAACAGCUCCCUCGUCCACCUGGUCAUCCUGGUCCUCAUAUGUAUGCCCAAAGAAUGACCAUGGAGCCACGCUUUGCUUACCCUGCUCACAUUCCCAGGCAUGCAGACCCCAGAAACUUUCCGUGUAACCUCAACAUGCAGCCCGGCAUGGUUGAGGGGCCUCACAUGGGUCCACGGUAUCCAAUGGGUCCUGAUUCUAACCAGCAGCUACCUCCACACCAGCAGCAACAUCCUUACAUGGGUCCCACCCACGGUCCAUCUCUUGGUCCACGUCCCACGGCCUUACAGCCUGGACCUCCUUCUGAGGCAAGCAUGUAUCCAUACCACCAUCAUCCAGAAGGCCACACCCUAAACAGAUUCUCUGGACCAGAUAGACCAGCACAACACAACUACCCUAAUCUAAGACCACCUGGUAUGGGUAUGGCCAACAUGUGGACAGGUGUGAAUCAUCAGCAGAGGACAAAUGGGAUGCACAUACAAAACCCUAAUUCUGUCAACCAGACCAACUUUAAUUAUGGCAGUAUCCCACCUCCAGUGGGGCAAAGACCAUGGACAGAAGCUGCUGGAUACCCACACCCACCUGCAGGAGUUAACUCUCAGGGGUCGGUGUCUUCACGUCCCCCUGCACCCCUUACAGACUCCUCUGGCAGGACUUGUUUGGCUUCAAUGCUGGAAAGCCCAGAGAUGCUGGCCCUGCAGCAGCUGUCAGCCUCUUCUGGACCCCCUGCUGGUGCCUCUCAUCAGCACAGAGGCAACUUUCAGCAGUCUGGGCCCCAGUCAGGAAUUGGCAACAUCCCAGCUCACGCUUCCCAGAGGCCACCUCCUGCCCCAGAGCUUCAGCUGCUGCGUCCUGCACAAGACAAUGGACCAGACAGACAUGCUUUUCAGCCGACAAGCACACAGCCCAAAGGUACAGGAUCAGACAGUAGCAUGAUGCAUAAUGACAUUUCUAAAGGAACUAUAUCUCAAGAAAACACUUUACCAGUGAACCAAGAGAACGCGUCCAAACCUAAUCCAACUGAACACCAAUCAGUGACACCAGAGGGAACACACAGCCCCUCAAAGCUGAGCACACCUCAAGAUAAUCCUUCCAGACUGGGGCUCUUGCAUAGUUUAACACAGAGCCUCAAGCAGGAUUUUGGUGGCCACACCCAGCCCACUAACAAUUGUCUUCCUCAACCCAACUGUGCCACACAUCUGAAUACAAGUAACGACAGCUGCAAAGAUCCUGCUCCACUUAAACCAUCUAAGUCUAACCACAGUAGUCCAGGACAAAACGCUGCAAGCCCCACGUUUCCUCCUCAAAAUGACCUGCCACUACAUGUACCAGCAUCUCAGAGUCCCCCUCAGGAUUCACUCAUGCUCGCUGCAAAUCAGCAGAGCGAACAUGAGCAACAUAUCCAAAAACACCAGCAGCAGCCUCAGGCAACACAGAAUACUCCUCUUCAAUGCCGCCCUCUCAGCUCUCCACGGCCGCAAACUCAGAACACUCAACAAAACAUCUCACCCCAACAUUCUGCACAGAAAAGUCCUGUCCAUGAAGCAUCUCAUAGUUCUACACCACUGGUCCAACCAGCUGCCCCACUGCCCUCACAUCCUCGUCCUGCAGAACACAGUAAACGAGGACAGAGUGAAUCAGCAGGUAAAAAGGCCACAGAAGGUAGCACGGCUGCACCACAGCACACCAUGAAGAAAUCUGGACCUCAGAAUGGUGGUUUUAAAGAUGGGGAUUUGAACACAAAUCACAAUCAAGCCCAGCUGGUGGGUUGUGAUCCACUAUUGCAGGGUCCUAGAGGCCCUUCACCUGGUCACAGUCCAGUCAUGCCUGCCCAGUCUCAAGGCCAUUUAAAUGGAACUGGGGGUCCAUACAGGAUGGGAAUCCCCCCGCAUUCACACUACAACCAAAAUAACAUGAGCAGGUCAAUGCCUCCAUCUGUUCACUACCCUUACCACAACCAGCCCAUUAGUUCUCUUCACAAUCCUCCUCAACAUCUCUCCUAUCACCAGCAGGGAGGGGCUGCUUACCCCUAUCUCAUGCCUGGUCAACAGCGACCUCAGAGUCCAUCAAACCUGUACCCCUCUCAUCAGUACCAGCAGCAACAAUUUUACCCUCAGCACCACCCUCAAGCUCAAACCCACAACCAAGUCCACAAUAGAGGAGGUUAUCCUCCUGAAGAAUGGCAUCGGUCACAUUUUCCCCCUCAUCAGUCGAUGGCAUCUAAUGUCUACCCACAUCUAGCAAGAGGCAGCAGCCAAUCACAGGGUAGCAUGUUAACAUCUGUGGGACCUGGGCCUUUCUCUCUCCCUGGUCUAAUGUCGCCAGGCCGUAGGUCGGAAGCUGGGCUACACCUUAGUGGCCCAGAUGAAGGUAAGUGUGAAAGCCGGUCACAAGUCAGCACAGGAGGCAGCAGUGGUGGUGUUAGCCCAGCUCACACUGAGGGCUCUGAACGUCCUGAAAGCCCAAAAGAAAUCCUGGACCUGGACAGCCAUAAUGUUGCGGCGCGUCAGCGUGGCACCCAGCAACCCCAGCAGCAGCAUCCACCUGCGUCUGCUGCACACAUGUUGUCUGGCUACAUGAGCAACUCGCGUGGCAUGCAUCCUGGAAUCCAGCAAAAUACACCUCCUCUACCACACGUAGCCGGAAAAGUUGGCAAUGGAAGCCGGUACCCUCGCCAGCCAUAUCCAGAUCCAGGUCGUUACGCUGGCCAGAGGCCUCACCCACACCUCAUGGAAGCCUUACAUAGGCCCCAGCAGCUGCCUUACACCCCAGGUCAGACACACAUGGCUAUGUUCCAGCAGCCAAGGCCAGCGGGCCACUUCCAAGGCAUGAUGAUCCAGCAGAGUGUCCUGGCACCGGAACAGUUUCCACAUUCAGGGCAUCAUAUGAUGGCUGCGCCUGGUGGUCCUAGCAGUAAACAGGGAGUGUGACAUAUUAAUCCAUAACGAAAGAGGAUCCCGAUCAUGUCAGUGAGUAGAAUUAAAGAAAUGUCAUAAGUUUGAUCAGACAGACAAUGUUCAGAACGCCUCGACAUUGACAUUGAUUCUCUUUUUUUAAUGCUGGAGCAAAGCAUUUGUCUUUUGUUGCUCACCUUAAACUUCAAUCAGAAGAGCCAAUCAGACAGCUGGUCUUACUAAGAAGAUGUUAAAGAGAUCUGUCAUACAGCCGUUUUCAAACAGGUCACAGGACUGACUCUGAUGCUUGGUGAAACUGGAAUGGACUAUCAUAGACCAGUACCUGUCAACAGAACAGUGGCUUACCAAUAUAAGUGAUUUCACUUUUGUCAUUCAGAACAUUUUUCUUACCACUUGUCCAAAUGGCUAAAUUUGGGGGGCACUGCCACUAAGGAACCAUUUUCUGCUUAAAUAUUGCCAUAGGGAUGUAUUAAAACCACUGUAUAAAGCCUGGCCUUCUGUUCACCGUACAUUCAGACCCAAGUCCACAGAAAAGAGGAAAUUGACUUCUUUUACAGCAAAAUGUUAAAACUCAGGUGUAUAAAGAAGAUACUUUGACUUUGUCCAUGUCACCUUAAAGUCCUUGCAACUGCCUUGUUCUUCCCCAAGUGAAUGUAUAAAUAAAUGUGUAUUUGAAGCAGGGCAACUGCACGUGAAGGAGCACCAACACUGGAAAUCUGUCCCAAAAUACUUUUCUCUUUCACACACACACACACACACCAGUUUAACAGUUGUUUCUUUGCUCCUGUUGUAAAUUUUGAGAAUUUGCAUUCAUCAGAGCGGCCUUCAUUUAUCAGAAUGUCUUUGGUCAGCAGAGAAGGACUCUUACAAGGAUGUUAUGCACUACAUAGUUUUUGUUGUUCUCAGCAUCCUGGGACUAAGAGGCCUUGAUGAGUAGUUGAAAGCCAAUGCCUGUUAACACACAGUGUAUAUGUUUGAAAUACAUAAAAAUAUAUAUUUAUGUAACGACUGUCCUUUUCUCUUUAGAAGGCUUUUAGAUCCGUUAAUCUACAAUUGUCACAGUGUGGAACCCAUUGGCUGGUAUGUGCACAAACAAAACAAAUAUAGAUAAGUAACUCUGGUCAUUUUCUUGAUAAUUCCCUUCCAACAACUUCAAGCUUUAGGUUUACUGCCGUUUUCUUGUCAUGACAUGCGUCCUCAUUUUUGUUUUAUUGCCGAACACAUCCUCAGGGUCUACAGUUUCUAUAUACGGGUAUUUUGCUGUACUGGCAAAAAGGAAAUGUAACUGUGACAAAUCAUCCCAGUUCAAGUGAAAUGUUGUCUCAUAGUGUCGAACUAAUGUAAUUGACAGUUGAAGUGGAACACUGUAAUCCUUUAAAUUUGUUUAAUGUGGCCCCCUGUCACAAAAUGUAUUUUGGUCAACAUCUACAAUGGUGUGAUUCUGUAACUGCUGCACAUCUGCAUCCUCCCCCUAUCAUUAACGGUGCACCAGCAUCAUCUCAUGCAGUUAAGUGACAGCAGCAAACUAAUCUACCUCAUUCGGCCACAUGGUGGCAGAAUACCUUUCAGUUCCUUCUUUUAACUGGAUGAUUUUAGCACUACUUCAUAAUUUAGAAUUCCAGAAGUGAUGGCCUUAGCGUGAUAACAUACUGUAAUAAUUAUUCAGCUUGUCAUUUUGAGCCAUGUUGCAGUGUGUA